GGAAAUUCAACAUAAAUCGAAAUUAUCAAGAGUCUUUCGUCUUAUAAACAAAAAAAAAAAUACAUAAGCACAUAUUGAAAAAGAGAAGAAAAGAAAUUCAUAUCAUAAUUAAAUAUUUCAGUAAAAAUGUGACACAUUUUUUUUGAAUGUAUGCGAAACAAAACGUUCAAUCGAAUCGUGUUAUCAAUGGUUUUGACUGUGUAACGGUUCAUCGGCUGUUGCAUUUGCUUGUUCGAUUGUAAAAUGUCAUCAUGUGGGCAACUCUGUUUCGAUAGUGACUGGAAAAAAGGCGACAAAAUCUCACACCGUUGUUUUUUUUUAAUUUAACAUUUUGUAUCAUUUUGUACAAAGCAAUUGCAUAGUUGUUGCAUUUAUUAUUAAAACGUUUGCUAAAUCGGUUCCAUUUCAAUAAACACAAACGAAAUAUGAAAACGUUAACGAAUUUGUUUUAUGUUUGUUUGGUAAGCGUAAAUUUGUGCUGCAUAAUAUCAAUUUCGGCAAAUGAGCUGUUGUCAACAUCUGAGCUGUGUGCUAAAAAUCAUAAACAGUUUUGUGGCCACUGUAAACAGUUCAUCUACACCAACCAUAACAAACCUCGUCAAUACAUCGAACUGUCAUCGAACAAUACAACCGAUUUGUUGUUCGAGUUUUAUGUGAUUGGAUCCAGUUCUUGCGAAGUUCAUUUAUCGCCGGUUGUCAAUCCAAAUCUAAAUACGAGUGGAGUAUAUCAAUUUCUGAUUCAGAACAAACAGAUCUUAGUUAGACAUGUAAAACUAUUGGGGAGCAAAAAAACCGAAAAUUCUUUAUUAUCGGAACGUCAACCAGUUCAAUUUCGUAUCAAAAUAUCACCAAGUGGAUUUAUUCAAAUUUAUCGAAAUGAUGAAAAACUAAUGGCGACAGUGGACCGGAAUCCGGCAUCGGAUCGAUUCACAUUCAACUAUUAUUAUUUUACGUUCACAACUGACCAUCCGAAUAGAAUGAAUUUCUAUUAUGAUUGUGCGAUUGAUAACCACACAUCGUCGGCUCAAAAAACCACAUCACAUGUUAAGAUGUUUGCAUUGCUCUCAAUCAUAUUAUUACUGGGUGGACGGUGAUUUGAAUUUACCACAUAAAAAUUUAUGAAAUUUGUCGAUGUCGAGGAUGGAAAAAAAACACUCGCAUUCGAAAUAUUUGCUCAUUUAACAGCAAACAUAUUGUUUGGCCUUGGUAUUUAGUAAAAUAAAAAUAAAGUUGUUUUUCUCAA